AUGUGUUUGACAUUGAAAUAGUGUUGUGAACUGUGAAGAUUACAAUAUUUUAAAAUAUUUGUGAUCAAUUAUAAUACUAGUAUUUUUAAUGAAUAAUGUGUAGGUACUCUAAUUUGGCAUUAUUAAAGAUUCAACCAUUUCUUUAGUUGAACAAUUAUUAACUUGUAUGUAAGCUAUUCUAUUAAGAAGUAGAACUGUGUUUGUAAGCAUGUCCGAAACCUGGGAGGAAAUCCAAGCGGUAAAAAGUAAAACUAAAAGUCUAAGAGAGAAAUUGGAGAAACGUAAGAAGGAGCGGCAAAGUAUUUUAGGGUCCAAUACAGUUAGCGAUAAAAAUGAGGGGUCUCCAAAUAGGAAAGAUAAAGAUGCAUGCCCGGCUACGAAAUCUGAAUCAAAAUCAGACAAAUCCAAGCUACUAAUUCCACCAGCAUCUCUAGAAGUGCGUCUAUUACAAGUUUUGUCUGACAUGCAGCUACAAUUACCAGCGACGGCCAGUGGCUUACUCCCGGGAUUAGGAGAUGUUGACACUGGCAUUGUUGCCAGCUUGUUACAAAAAUUUGCUACACAAAAGCUUAUAAUUAUAAAAGAGCGUACAGAUACCACAACAGAUGCUGAUAUUGAGGUUGUGAGCGCUGAGUCUGUACGGCUUGCUGCAGUGCUAGCUGCUCUUAUGGAAGAGCAGAAUAAUACUUGCAAAAGAAAAGGUGAAGAAACACCAGUAGAGGGACCGAAACAAAAAGUAUCAAAAACAAGUACUGAUGAUAAAAAAGCAGGCAAAGGGACAAGUGAUAUUAUGUCAUUAUUAGCAAUGCCAUCAAGUAGAGAAAAAGCUGUGAAGAGGGUAGGCGAAGAAAUAAUGGAUCUGCUCAGCAAACCCACAGCUAAGGAGAAGUCUUUGGCCGACAAGUUUAAGAGCCAAGGAGGUGCACAAGUAAUGGAAUUCUGUCCGCACGGAACGCGCGCGGAAUGCGUACGCGCGUACAAAACGCAAGACAACGACGGACAAACGGACACGCAUUACAACUGCAAGAAAUUACAUUUCAAGAAAAUAAUACAGAGCCAUACGGAUGAGUCGUUGGGUGAUUGUUCGUUUUUGAACACGUGCUUUCAUAUGGACACAUGCAAAUAUGUUCAUUACGAGGUUGACAAUGCAGACCCCAAUUUGACAGCAACCAAAACGGACACACUUUCGAAAAACGGUCAAAAUGGUACAAUUAUAGCAUCGAAACCUGAUGGCGUAUUAACUUUGACACCUCCUCAGUGGAUUCAAUGCGAUCUCAGAUAUUUGGAUAUGACUUUUUUAGGUAAGUUUGCGGUGAUAAUGGCGGACCCGCCGUGGGAUAUACACAUGGAGUUGCCGUAUGGAACAAUGUCUGAUGAUGAGAUGAGAUGUCUCGGUGUACCGCAGCUGCAGGACAGUGGACUUAUAUUUCUAUGGGUAACUGGAAGAGCGAUGGAACUUGGUCGUGAAUGUUUAAAACUGUGGGGCUAUGAAAGAGUGGAUGAACUGAUUUGGGUGAAAACCAACCAGUUGCAGAGAAUCAUACGCACGGGACGGACAGGACAUUGGCUAAAUCAUGGAAAAGAGCAUUGUUUGGUGGGAAUGAAAGGCAAUCCCGACAAUUUGAAUAGAGGGUUAGACUGUGACGUCAUAGUUGCUGAAGUACGCGCUACGUCUCACAAGCCUGACGAAAUAUAUGGCAUUAUAGAGAGACUCAGCCCUGGCACAAGGAAAAUCGAACUGUUUGGCCGACCACAUAAUGUUCAGCCCAAUUGGAUAACAUUAGGUAACCAAGUGGACGGUGUUCGUCUGGUUGAUCCAGAAUUAAUGGCGGCGUUCAAAAAACGAUACCCCGACGGCAAUUGUAUGGCGCCACCGCCGCCUGACCCCGGUUUACCCUAGCUUUGGAUUAAUUUUAAGAUUUUUUAUUUUAACUUUAUUAAAUUCUUGAAAUAUUUUCUAAGGGUAAUUGAUUCCUGUAUGUCAAAUUUUAUGCUUGACAUAUGUCAUAGUUGGCGUUACCCUUUACCAUAGUGUUGAGUCUAUACUUUAUUGCCAAUGUAAAAACAGUACUUAAAAGAAGUCCUGUUGCAAUUGAUCUCUUCCAGACUGAAUCUUUUAAAUCGUUAUGAAUU